UCUGGAUCGGUUUACAGUUCACAGAAGUCUGCUUGCAUCGGUGGAAUAGACAUAGCACCAUGCUGGUGUAGCAAUGAGACCACGGUCAUUUGCGAUUCCCAAUCAUUAACCGACCUAACGCUUGAGACCGUAUUAAAGAAAUUUGACCAGGCACUAAAUUCAAAUGUAUAUGUUUGGAAUCAUCCCUUACACGACACAGUACUCGACACGCUAUACAUCAACAAUACAUCUAUAGUACAGUUACGGCCAAACGUAUUCGCAAACUUACGUUUUAAGCGCGUUAUUAUUGAAAACGCUUAUAACUUACGACACAUACAUUCAAAUGCAUUCAACGGCACUGCGCUCGACAUCAAUGUGAUCGCAAUCCGUAACACACCUCUACACGAAGGCCCGCGUAAUGACCUAUUCGUGGCGUUAAACACGUUGAAACACGUGCGCAAAAUAUACUUAACCAACACUAGUAUUUACGUCAUACCGAGCAACGCGUUUGUGUCUCUGGUCAAUUUAGAAGAAUUACACAUUAAUGAUGGUCAGGUGAGAAGUAUUGAAAGCAUGGCGUUCCGUGAUUUGCCCAUGCUCUUUCGCAUACGGUUGACCGGCAAUAGGAUUGUCAGCGUCGGUGACCUGGCAUUUGACCUUAAAUCAAGCGGACAAUUAGACAAUCAAGUAUAUAUUGAUCUAGGUUACAAUCAUUUGAACGACUGGUCCUUUACGGGUAACCCGUAUUCUCUGGCACCGGUCACCAAACAAGCCCUGGUCAUAUCUCUUCAACACAAUCACGUAACCGUUUUAAAAGAGUCAAUAUUUUACCCAUUAUUAACCACUAAUACUGAUAGUAGUAUUGGUGUUGAGAUUGACUGCAAUUCGUGCGAUAAUUAUUGGCUGAUUAUAAACAAUAAUAUGGCCAAAUUAAUUCAUAUACUAUUGAUUAUUAUUAUAAUAAAAAUUUCAUAUCAAUCGCCGACCCCUAAGAGAAAUAAUGACCAAAUGAUUGAAUAUAUAAAUAGUUUAAACACCACAUGGAAGGCUGGCAAAAACUUUGAUAAUUUCAUUCCAAUGGGUUUGAACGCUAUGAUGGACUCUAAUAGUCAGUACGAGUCAAACGCUCGGCCACUCAGUGAUGGCACGUCUGACACCGAUCUGAUCGAUGAAAUACCCGAUCAGUUUGACUCCAGAGACCAGUGGCCAGAGUGCCAGUCCAUCAAACAAAUCAGAGAUCAGGGUCAUUGCGGGUCGUGUUGGGCCAUCGCUACGGUGGCGGCCAUAUCCGACCGGAUAUGCAUCGCGUCGGGCGGUAAACAACAGCCGGAGAUUUCGCUCGAAGACCUGUUGACGUGCGGACACAUCGGCGGCUGUAUUAUCGGCAACAGUCCGGUGCGCGUCUGGUUUCACUAUAUCAUCAAUGGGUUGGUUACGGGAGGCGACUAUGACAGUCAUCGGGGUUGCAAACCCUACACAAUACCUCCCAGCGAUCACACCCCGGUCGUUUACAAACCGGCACCAUGGUGCGAAUCCACCUGUAUAGAUGGCUAUAACAAGACGUAUGCCAACGACAAAUACUAUGGCUCUGUUGUCUACGGCUAUCGUAAUAAUAAUCGUGAAGUUCAACGAGAUAUCAUGACUAAUGGUCCCGUUGUUGCAAUAUUUGAUUGGUGGGAAGAUUUAGAGUAUUACAAGUCCGGCGUUUACCACCGCGUGACCGAUAGACCAAUUGGUCAACAUGUAAUUAAAAUCAUAGGAUGGGGCCGCGAGUCGGGUGUAGACUACUGGCUGGUGGCCAACUCGUUUGGGCCAAAGUGGGGCGAUCAUGGGUUUUUCAAAAUACGUCGGGGUAUUAAUGAGUGCAGUAUUGAGCAGAACAUUAGCGCCGGUUUGCCUAAAUUG